UAAUUAUAUCUUUACAAUGUGUCUGCUAGUUGACACAUAGUUAAUGUCUCCGUGUCAAACUCGUCUUCCGUCUGUUUUUUCUUUUGGCUUUGUUAUGGGCCCGGCGUGCUCUUUAAACUAAUCUCGCAAUGGCGAGACACACAUAAACAUGUAUUUUGGCUUAUCUUAUGCAUAAUUAAUGAAAUUAAAUCCUCCGCGUCACUUGACUUGAACUUGGGCGCCACCGACGGAGAUGUUUCGGUAGCAUCUCUAGCAUAUAAAAAGCCGGCCAUAGAUUCAAAUCGAUAUCAGUUAGCCUACUCAAGUCUUCCUAUAAACAACAUGAAGUUCUUCAUUGCUUUCGCCUGCCUGCUGGCUCUGGCCUACGCCAACGAAGAUGCCGGUGUUCUCCGCAACGAUGCCGAAGUGAACGUUGAUAGCUUCAAGUAUGCCCUGAAACUGGAUAACUCUGUGGAUGUUGAACAGGCUGGUAACCUGAAUGGUGAGGAGUGGAUUGUGAAAGGUACGCAGGGAUGGACCUCUCCCGAGGGUGAGGCCGUGUCCAUCCAGUAUGUUGCCGAUGCCAAUGGAUACCAGGUUCUGUCUGCCAACCCCCCUCUGCCCACCCCACCCCCAAUCCCAGAGGCCAUCCAGCGCGCUCUUGAGUGGAUCGCUGCCCAUCCCUCCAAGGAUGCCUAAGUUAUGUUUGCCAAAAAUAAAAAGCAUUAAAAAUUAAAAA